AAAAACAAGCUUUGUUGGAAAAGUAAAUACCCGGAUACACAUGCGCUUUAUCGAGAUGGCGGGCAAUGAUACCUCGCCACUGGGUAAGAAAUACAAAUAAAGCAGCGCCUCCCAUUUCAAAUCCGGGUUGGGUUGUUAUCGGCUGUUAUAUUCUUGUGCAUGAAAAUGGCGGACAAGAUACACUGGGUAUUUUGUGCAACAUUGGUCGUAUCCGUGCUGACACUAGGAAAUGCUGAAGAUCAGCCGCUAGGAUAUGUCGAAGCUCUGAAAAGUCAUUCGGGAACCUGUGGAUACCCACCAAAUGAAGCAUUUGUCAAUGAGUCGCUGUUCCAAAAGUGUGUAAAGGAAACAAAAGUGACAAACGUGCCGGACAUCUGUGUCCUAUAUCAAAAUGAGGUAGACAGAUUAUGUCGCACUUCAGAGGUUUCUAAGGUGCUGGCAACAGCCGAGGAAACCAAGCAAAUGUUGAACACCAAUCUCGAUGUUUGUAAUGUACUGAACAUGUUGAACUUGAGUCCUCAGGUCAGGAAACACCUGCAGGGUCAAAAGUGUGAAUCAUCCUGUUCCGCGAAUGGACCUUAUGAGGUGUGCCGCUUGCUUCUUAUUCUAUAUCUGACAGGGCCCACUAAUUUUUUGGACGCGAUUACAACAGUAACCCCGACAACACACCCGACAGGCCCGGCAGCAGUUCCGACAACACCGCCGCCAGCGAAUCAGACAACAGGCCCGGCAGCAGUUCCGACAACACCGCCGCCAGCGAAUCACACAAAAGCGGACAUAACAGGUUGGCUCAAGAAGCUCCUGUAUCCCGCUCUGGUGCUGAUAGCAUGUGCCAUUCUCUUUCUCAUCUACAGAAAACGACAUCAGAUUUCGACUUGCAUUAAAGACGAUCCGGAGAGUUCGAGGUCACCCGAGGAUGGGAAGGGGCGCUACCGGAAGCUGCCAAAUUUCCAAAAGACCGUUCCUUCAUUGCAGGAAAUAGAUAAAGUCAAAUCGUUUGUUUACUAAUACCCAUAAAAAAGACACGACGAAGUUCUGUAUUUUGCAGUAUCUUCAUAUCAUUACAUUAAGUAAAAUAAUGUCCAAAAGAAACGAUACCACGUGUUUGAAUUGACAUUAAAGAAAAGCAAAACGAUACAGAAAUUUAAGAUUGGUAUAUUUCAUUUUAGAAAUAUUUCUCUAACGCGUGUACAAAAAAUUAUUUCAAUCAAUCUUUUACAAUCAUUCGGACAGGCCUGUAAAGACGCGAGGGAUCCAAAAUGACAAUUUCAUUCAAACACAUAUGACGAGGCAAGUGGGGAAAAUGUCACAACACACGUCUUAAAUAAAAGGCAAAUAUUAUGACAACUUCUUCUUUAUUGUAUGCCACAGCUAUUCCUUGCCCCUUCGUCAGGUGAAUUGUGCCCCUGACGAAGGGGCAAUGAAUAGCCCAGAAACGUUGUGACAUACAAGAAAGAAGAAGUUGUCAUCCAUAUUGUUUGCCUUUUAUACAACCUGAAUGUUGGCGAUGGCGAGGAAGUUCUGAGUCAGCCUUGCCGUAUGUGGCCUCGCAUUAUUGUGCUGGAAAAUGAUUCCACGAGGCUGUUGUUGGAUGAAUGGCUCCACAACUGGUUGUAAAAUUUCAUCUCGAUAACGCUGUGCAUUCAGGUUUCCUAGAAAAACGACGAGCCUUGUUUUGGUGUCACCGCAAUUUCCACCCUAAACCAUUAAACCUCCGCCUCCGAAUGGCCAAACGUUCACAAAUUCUUCGGUACACACGCUGCCGAGCAUCGUUCCUGAAGAUGCAAAUUCUGCACUUGUAGGAAAACAUGACCCGUGCCCAGUCACGCCGAUGCCAACGUCAAAGUCACCUGGCCCACACCAGUCUGUUGGCUCGCUGUUGGGGUGUCAGGAACGCUCCGCGAUAGGAGCGACGUGCUCGGAUACCAUGAGCCUGCAGUCUCUUGUACACGGUCUGUCGACUGAUCACGUGUUGCAGUGCCGUCCUUGCCGUUAUCGUGGCCGUGAUGAAGCGGUUCCGGAGAUGAAGUACCAGGAUGAGACGGUCUUCAAUAGGCGUGGUCACCCUUGGUCUCCCGCUUCUCGGCCUGUCUCUUGUCCAACCUGUUUGACACAACCGCUGCAUUAACCUGAUGACGGUUAUACGCGCGCAUCCUCACCUUCUAGCGACGUCGGUGUGCGUUGCUCCCUGUUGGACCACUCCAACGAUUCUCUCUCCCUCAAUACCUGUCAAACGUGGCACUUCUUUGUUUGCUUUUUGUUGCUUUGAUCCCAACGUGUCGAGUCAGCAGUUUUACACAGUUGAACUGCACAUGCAUUUCGUGCUGCCGGAUGUAACAUCAUUUUGGCAGAGUGGGUGUUUUGUUCGCAAUUGACCAAAUGUUCCCGGAUUUUUCGAUCGAAUACGUUUGGUUUGGAACGUUGGAAACGCCUAAACAUGUAUUCAUACAAAAAGGAAUGCUUUAUUAAAAAUAUAUUGAAAAAAUGUUUUGUUAAAAAUGUUUUCUUUUGGACAUCAUUUUAUCAUACAAGCAUAGUUUUCACCGUCGGGCUGUUCACAUAUACAGAUAUAUGCUCCCAUUCCAGAUGCGGUCCAGUGUCUCACUGUCCCCAGCCAAAAUUCUCUGAAACUCUUUUCUAAAAUACUCUUCUACUGGUACUGAAGCACCGUACUACUGUAAGCAAAACGAGUAACGAUAAACGUUGGGUCAUGAUAUAAGCUUCCUUAACAACUAGACAGUCCAUGGGAUGAAAAUUCAGGCAUAUAUUUUAUAGAAACACAAAAUUAUAUAACUGGAGGGUCUAACCGUUUGUCAAAUCAGAGGCUAAGAUGCAACAUUUUCAUGUAGCCAGUGAUUUUUUCGCAUAUUACUGAUAUCCUCCAGCACAAUAUACCGUGUACUAACAUACGUCAUUUAGGG